AUGCUUUUAGCUUUGUUAUCAGGGCAGAGGUGUCAGACACUGCAUUUGCUUUCUGUUAGCAAUAUGGUAUUGAAGGACGAUAGCUGUGUAUUCAUCAUCAACAAACUUUUGAAGACCUCUUGGCCAGGAAAGCAUGUGUCAGACUUAACAUUCACAGCCUACUCACCAGACAACCGUCUGUGCCCUAUCGUCUGCUUAUCUGAAUAUGUCAAAAGGACAAGUCACCUUAGGAAAAGGAGGACCAGCUGCUAGUGAGUUUCCAAAAGCCUCACAAGCCAGUUUCAACUGACACGAUUUCUCGAUGGCUGAAAACGGUUCUUGAAAAGUCAGGAAUAGAUACCUCAGUCUUUAAGGGACAUAGCACCAGGGCAGCUUCUGCAUCUGCAGCU